AUGGCAAUUUUAAUUAAAGAAAAUAUACCAUCAUUAGUUGAUAUGUCAAUUCAAGAUUUCAUAAAAUUAGGAAUAAAUGGAGUAUAUACAACUAUGAAAACAGUAUUAUCUCAUGAAUAUAUUUUUAACUUAACUUUACAUAUGAAAAAUUUAUGUAAGUAUACAACAGAAUUUUUGAAUUUGCAAAGGACAAAAGAUAACGAAGAAUACAUAUCUAAAAUUUUAAAAUGUGUAACAGUGGAAAAUAUACGUAAACACUGUUGUGAAAAUAUUAAAAAAGCUUUUGAAUUUCUAAAUAAUUUAAAUGAUGAUUUAAAAAGAAAAUAUUUCAAUGAAAAUUCAGAUUACAUGAUAAUUGUAACUGUAAUGUGGGAAACUGAAAAUAAUAAUAUUUCGUUAAAUAGAAAUUAUUCUAUUUUAUGUUUUAUAAAAUCUUUGCCAUGUCAUCCUAAUAAUAUACAAAUUGAUAUUAUGUAUGGUCAAAGAAAAUUACCAAAUAUAAAAUAUACAGAUGUUUUUGAAAUUAAAGAUAAGUUAUUAAAAAUGAAAUGCCCAGAUAGUCAUGAAAUAGUUUUAUAUAAUGAUAAACAUGAAAUAACUGAAGGAUUAACUUGUAAUUUUUUUUGUUUUUUCAAUGAUACAUUGUACACAUCUAAAGAUGAAUUAGUUUUAAAUGGAACAAUAAGAAAAGAAAUAAUAGACCUGUGUGAAAAAGAAGGUGUGAAGUUAAAGAAAGAUUCUAUUAACAUAAAAGAUAUUGAAUACUUUGAAUUCUGCUUUAUAUGUUCUACAACUAGAAAUAUCUUACCAAUUAAAAAAAUUAUACUUUUUUCAGACAACAAGAAAACAUUUGAAAAAAAUGUAAAUCAUCCUAUUUUGAUUCAUCUUCAAAAAAAAUUACAGGAAAUAAUUGAAAAGAAAAAAGAAAAAUAUGAUGUAUAUAUUAGUUAG